GGCGGGCGGGGGAGAGGGAAAGGAGGGGGCACUGAAAGCAGAGCUGUGAUGCAGUGAGCGAAUCACAUGAGCCUGGAUCUGUUUACAAACUGAGCGCUCCAUAGACGUGAAGUAGAAAAGAGAAACGAGGACGGCGAGAAUCAACACAACAGGAAUGCAGGUGAAGAGAUGAAGAGCUGCUUUCCACAAGAUCACCGAGGUUGCUUGCUUGGCUGACUGUGUUGCUGCCAUCCAUGUCCUUUUCCCUUUGUAUCUCCAUAAUUGGCCACGGCAGGUUGUCACACCCGGAGAGGAAGGAAGAAAGCCACGUAGAUAACUAAAACAGGAGAGAAGACAGGAAAACGAGAGUGAGAAAACCUCGUGACAAUGUUUUGAGUGGGAGACGAAGCACAACGCAGGUACUGCUAACCAAAGACAUAUGGAAAGAGAUUUUUUUUUUUUUGUAGAUCGAUAAUAACAUCGUUUUCCCAUAUGCCUCCACCCUUCAAGACUUUGGUAAUGUGACGCAGGACAAAGACGUUGAACAAUUCUAUUUGCAUCCCAUGGGAAAUCAGGAGGAUGUUGCUCCCACAUUUUUGGGUGAAUCAUCCUCGACAAAGUAAUUGGAGUACAAACGAGCAGCUUGUUACUCCCAUGAUGGCCACUUGAGAAACUGGUUGCCUCCAGACUACAAGAAUUCAACACAUUGCACAUCCCAAAUUUUGGGUUAAAUGACCGCGACCCUAAGAAGUGGAAGGAAUCGAGUUGUGAAGGCCAUCCUUUGGGCUUUACAGUGGUCAACCUCUCCAGAGAAUUUUCAGACUUUUGACAUCUGUACAAUCUAUCAAAUUUGAUGCAACCUUUUCAGUGGUGUAACGGGUGUCGGUGUGACCUUGCAUUGCAGAACUCGGACCCCUCCUGUAAGAUGACGUCUGAAGAGGUCUUCCAUCUGCCGCUCAAUGUCUACAUCAUCGUUCUGGGCAUCGGGCUUUUUAUCCUAAUGCUCAGUCUCAUUUUCUGCUGCUACCUGGUCAGACUCAAGCGACAUAGUGCAAGAGAACACUAUGGCUAUAAUGAGGUUGUUCUAAAAGGAGCAGGGAAGAAACUGAGCCUUCUUGGGCAAACAUGUGCAGUGUGUUUAGAAGAGUUUCGCAGCCGGGAUGAGCUUGGAGUGUGUCCAUGUUCACAUGCUUUUCAUAAGAAGUGUCUAUUGAAAUGGUUAGAGAUCCGUAGUGUCUGCCCCAUGUGCAACAAGCCAAUAUGCCGCCUCCAGCCUGGGCCUUCACAAGCUGCCGAGCAGCCACAGGGUCUCCUGGAGGUCCUAGAGGGACCGCAGAUAUGAUGCGCAAAACCGGCCAAGGCUGUUUCUACAACAUUGACACAGAUUGUACUACAAGAACAUUUUUAUAUGACAAAUCUUAAGGCGGAAGGACUUAUUCGAAUGUGAGUGUGCAAUGUUUAAUAACUGUUUAUAAUUACGGCGCAAAAAUAUUGUAGAGCAGACAUUUUCGUCAAACUUUCAGAGAAGCAUUGGUGUUUUUCUAAAUGUUAUGGUACAUACUAUGAAGACUGCUGUAGUCUGAUGUGCUUUUCCUAAUGUCAGUCACAAUGAAGUCACGUGGGCACAUCACACAUUUGUGCAAAUAUUUGUAUCUUGAAUUUGUGAGGCAUAAAAGUCCAAUAAAAAAAAUAUAUAUAUAUAUAAAA